AUGCAGGAGACGCUCUUCGUGGGCGAGCUCGCGCACGCCCCCGCCGAGCUCGUGGCCGGCCCGCACUACGUCUGGACCUUCUCAGACGGGGCGGCCCUCGAUUCGCCUCGGAGCACUACGGCUUUGACGGGGUGGAAGCGCAUGGCGCUGCCGCAGAGUCGCCCGCCGCACCCGCGGGUCGCGUUGCGCCUCCUGGUGGAGACCAUGAUCGCGGCGGGUCAGCUGAUGGAGGCGAUCGUCUCGGUGGUGGCGUUCGUCGUCCACCUUCGGCCGAGCGAGCGGCUUCGGUUGAAGGGCACGCUGACCACUGCCCCGACUCGCGCCAUGGCUGGGGCGCCGCCCAUACUCCUCCACCCGCGGGAGAGGGGGCCGGGACCUCCAGGACCAGCGCCGUGGACGAGAGCUCGGUGGCCCACAACCCGUUGCUACCGCGGCUCCUAG